AUGUUUCGGUUUUCUUACCUUUUGCCCCCAAAUGGUUUUCUCUUCCUUACAUCCACCACCACAGUCAGAGCAACUGUGGUAUUUUUUGCCUAUGCUGGAUUUGUGGCAGUUGCUAAUUCAGCUGAAGUAUCCGAAGGACCACAGGUAACAGCGUGGUGGUGGUGGUGGGGGUGGGGUUUAAAGCACCAGAACAAUGGAAGAAGGUCGGUAAUCAUGUUCAGAGGAUUAGAUUGGACUGGGUCAG